AUGCAAGACUUCCGUUGCACACUUGACGAACUUGUAUUAAAAAAGGAACUUUAUCAGGCCCCUAUUGUUAAUCCAUUCCCCGAUACCCAACAUAAAGAAGAGUUCGCCCAACACACAAAAACCUCAGAUCACCUGUUACAGCACUUGGCAGAAAUAAAGACACAGCUAAGCUCUGAGGUAAAUGAGCUUAGACAAAAAAUCCUUGAUUUGUCACAAGACUUACAAGGAUUAAUGACCAUCAACUUCAACUCUUCAUUACCCUCGGUACAAGCUAGUAUUGAGGAAUUACGAAAGGAGACCAAAGAGCUCAGGGACACAACAGUAGACUCUGCAGCUCCCAUUCGAGUGGCAAUAGAGGGCCUCAGGAAAGAAAUCAAAACCAUGUCACAAACAGAUGAAACGGAACAGACAUGUUAUAAAUUCCAAUUCCCUGAGGACAACUUAUACACUGGUGAACCAAAACGUCAAACAUCAAUGUUUGGACAAAAGACUACUUCACUUGAACAGAUGCAGGCAAACGAACUGGAAGAUUACAUAAUUUCAGUUACAUCGGCAAUUCAAAGAACAUGUGAUGAGCUGCUCCCAAGGUCAACUGGUCGAAAAUACCGCUGCCCUUGGUGGACAGACGAACUUGAAAGUCUCAAAAAACAAGUAAUACGCAACCAUCAUAACAUACAAAAACUUCGCCGACAAAAUAAACCACUUAAGGACGCCCUUUUGGAAAAAGAACGCUUAAAGACUGCUUAUUCAAAAACCUUUAGAGAUACUUCCACGCGAAAUUUCAGACACUUUUGUGAAAGGCAAGGGAAGGAGGAUGUGUGGUCCGUUACAAAUAGAAUAAUCAAAUCAAACCCACCUCCGCUACCACCAGCUACACUAAAGAAAUGCGAUGGUACAUACACCAACUCUAGCCUCGAAACCGCCCAAGCUCUUCUUAAUAAGUUUUUUCCCGAUGAUGACAUAAAUGAUACACCACUUCAAGAAGAAGCUCGGAAAAUUGCAAUUACCGUACCUAAUACUCAAGAUGAACCCCCUUUUACCUAUGAAGAAAUUCGCAGUAGCUUAAAUAGUAUUAAUCCGAAAAAAGCACCCGGCACUGACCAUUUUACUUCUGACAUUUGCUUAUUAUUUGCCGAAAGCUUUCCAAAUUUUAUUACUUCAGUCAUUAACCGAUGUUUUAAACUGGGAUAUUUUCCAAAUAUCUGGAAGAUAGCUUUUAUCAAAAUCCUCCCUAAGCCCCACAAGAACGGUUAUUUAAAUAUUUCUUCUUUCCGCCCCAUAGGUCUAAUUAAUGUAUUUGGAAAACUGUUUGAAAAACUAGUUAUACGUAGGUUAACAUAUUUCAUGCACCAAAAAAGAUCUUUUUAA